UUUCCGCUUUCUCUUUGUCCGUUGUCGCCGUCGAGAUCAGUUCGUUUUCUUAUCCUAGUGCUCACUCGUAGUUUUAUAUUUUCUACUACUUCAUAAGCCGCGUCGCGCUUAUGAAGCCAUUGCUAUUAAAUUUGAAUUUUUUUAUGGUUCACUGAUAAAAUACAAGCAAUAAUUAUUAAUUAAUAAUGGACACUGAGACUAAACCGGAAAACGCGAAUCCGUCUCAGGAAAAUAGCAAUGAAAAUAAUCAGCGGCAAGGACAAAAUCAAGGUGGCGGCGGUGGUGGAGGAGGCCGUGGAGGACGUGGCCGUAAAGGUUCUAGAUUUUCUGGUGGCCGCGGUGGUGGCGGCGGAGGUGGACAAAGAAAUAACGACAUGCAGAUGAAAAUGAGCGACUCUAUGAUGGACGAUCAGGGUAUGCCUGAUAAUAUGGGGGCUGGUAUCAUGGGUGCAGGACCGCCAGGUCAUGAUGGUGGUGGCGAUAAUAGAGGCGAUGGUCGUGGAGGUGAUGGUCGCGGUGAUAACCGCGGAAGUGGUGGCCGCGGCGGUGGAGGCCGUGGAGGCGGACGCGGUGGCCGAGGAGGUGGCGGUGGCGGUGACAGGAACAUGGGAAACAGAUCUCAGGAGGACCGAUUAAUGGAGAGAAUCAUGAGUCUCAAUGGACCGACACACGAUCUCCCGCCUCAAGACACCUCUGAAAAAAAAUUCAGUGGCCGUAACCGUCUGUACGUGGGUAAUUUGACCAACGACAUCAGUGAGGAAGAAAUCAAAAGCAUGUUCAGUCCGUAUGGAGAAAUAUCUGAGCUGUUUGUCAACAAGGAGAAGAAUUUCGCGUUUCUCCGAAUGGAUUACAGAAUAAAUGCUGAGAAAGCCAAGCACGAGUUGGAUGGAACGAUGCGCAAAGGCCGUCCGAUAAGAGUGAGAUUUUCUCCACACUCUUCAGCGAUAAAAGUCAAAAAUCUCACACCCUGGGUGUCAAAUGAGUUACUGGAGAAGUCCUUCAGCGUUUUCGGUGAAAUAGAACGAGCUAUCGUCAUCGUUGAUGACAGAGGAAAGAGCAUGGGCGAGGGAAUUGUUGAAUACGUACGCAAACCAUCUGCUCAAAUGGCUCUCAGAAAAUGUAACGAAGGCUGUUACUUCCUCACAGCAUCAUUGAGACCGGUCGUUGUCGAGUCACUCGAGCAACAAGAUGACAUUGACGGUUACCCAGACAAAAAUAUUCCACGGAAAAAUCCGGACUUUUUCAAAGCCCGUGAAAUAGGACCGCGAUUCGCUCAACCCGGCAGCUUUGAACACGAGUACGGAACAAGAUGGAAGCAAUUGCACGAGUUGUACAAACAAAAGGAGAAGGCGCUCAAACGUGAAAUGGCCAUGGAAGAAGAAAAACUCGAAGCUCAAAUGGAGUUCGCCAGAUACGAGCACGAAACAGAGUUACUUCGUGAACAACUGCGUAUUCGGGAAGCUGACCGCGAAAGACAGAAGCGCGAGUGGGAAAUGAAGGAACGUCAGGCCCAGGAACGACGGUCGCGUGAAGAAGAAGUUCAGCGACGUCAGCAAGAAGAAAUGGCCAUGAGAAUUCGUCGUCAAGAAGAAGAAUUACACAGACGUCAGCAGGAAAAUAAUCUCUUCAUGCAGGAACAGGCGAUGCGCGGCGGAGGUGGUGGUGGCGGCGGCGGUAACAAAAAUUACGACACCGCUGGUGCCAACGACCGAGACGUUUAUCCCGGACCAGAUGGCGGAAACAACAUGCCAGUGGAUCCUAAAUCGUUCAUGGACGCGUAUAAUAAUAUGGAUCGUGCGAAUCACGGUACCGGGGGUUACGAUGAUCGUGGACCAAUAAUGGACCUUAUGGAUAUGCGGGUUGAUAUGAACAACAUGGGUGGCGGUGGCGGCGGUGGUGGUGGUAACAAUCGUGGUAAUAACGGAGUUGGUGGUGGUCGUUGGCAAGGCGGCAAUGAUCGUAAUCGUCAGGAAGAAUUUCCAAAUAAACGACGACGUUAUUAGACACGAUCACUAAUUAAUUAAACAGCCUGAUAAAUUAAUUAAUUAAUUAAUUAAUAAACAAUUAAUCAUUUAUGAUGAUAAUAAUAAUGAUGAUAUGAUUACGAAAUAUGGAAAAGGAUAAACUCAGAUAAAAGGACAGUAUUACCGAUAUGUGUGUAGAACAAUUAUAAAUUGAUAAUUUUAAUUAUCAUGACUCCAUUAUUAUUAUUAUUAUUUAUUUUCAAUGCAAUCAAUUGGAAAAUUACCGUCUUGAUAAACAUCGGCCGUAAUUGUCUCCUAAAUUCGUACAGAAAAAAAUGGAAAUUAAAUUUUAGACUGGAGAUCCAGGUCUAGAUUUGGAUCUAGAUCUAGAUCCACAAUUAGGAUCUAUGUCAUUUAAGUUUACGAACAUCAGGUUUAUUUGGAUGACUAAAUCAUCACAUUAACUAACAAAUAUUAAUUACUAACAUGGUUUAUAUUAUUAUUAUUAUAAGUCUUAGAUAUUUCAAUUUAUUCAUUAGAACAAUGAGUAAUUACUGUGCAUGAGCACGUAAAAUAAAUCUUCCGUGAAACGUUUCCAAUGUUAUCUACUUAAAAACAAAUUAAAUUUAAAUUUGAAUAAUGAGAAAUUAAAAUUAAUAAAUACGUUUAUAAUUAAAGGGAUUGUAUAUUUUUUAAAUUUUUGAUUGAUACACAAAAAUUAAAAUAAUUAGCGAUUAGUUUUUAUAAAAAUACUUGGGUAUUUUUAUUCAUUUAUUUAGAUCCUUUUAAUUAUACAGUAAUUAUUUAAUUUAAUAACAAGUAAUUAUGGUUUUAAUUUCAAUCAAUUACAGUUAAGAUAAUUAGGUAAAUGUGUUCUGAUAGCUAGUCACUUGUAAAAAUUAAGUAGAGGUACCAUUUGUGGCCACUGCUCUAUUUUUGGAGCUUUACAAUUUUAUUUUAAUUCAUAGAAAAGAACAAAAUAAAAUUUCCACUUUAAUAGUGGGACUAAAGUAUCUCUAAUCAUUUAAAAAAUUAAUUGUGUGACUGCGUCUUUUACAAAUUAAUUUUUUAAAAUUUUUGAAGUGUCCAAAAGACGGUACCUCUGCCCUAUAAUUUUUAAAAUUGAUCUUUUACUUGUAAUAUAAUAAAUUUAAUUCAAUUCCACUUAGCAGUAUUUUUUUCUCCAAUAGUUUUUCACUAUUUAUUUUUCUAUGUGUAUUUAUUUUUUUAUUUCUACUCAAAAAAAUUUUGGGGGGUAUUUAAUUUAAUUAAUUAAUAUUAACAAUUAAUUAAUUAAUUAAGAAAAUAAUUAGGCGAAAAUUAAUAGCAUUCAUCAGAUUAUCUUGACACUGAAUUGAUUGAAUGAUAAUUUUAUAUAAUAAAUAAAUAAAAUAAACUUAAACUUAUCAAUUAAAAUUCAAUGAUUUCGUCAUUGUAAGCUCAGAAAAAAAUGAUAAAUUUUUUUCUAAAUUAGUCUAUAAGUCUGACAAACCGAAACGAAAUUAUAAUUUAAUUAUUAUGUUUAGUAAUGAGAGCAAAUUUUUGUUCGUUAUUUUUUCGGUUGAGGAAUUUAUUCUCAAAAUAAAUUAUGCCAUAAAUAAGUACAUGUAUGAGUACGUAAAUGUAUAGAUACAUGUAAAUAUAUGAGGUCAUGAUUUAUAUAAUAAAUAGAUGGUAAUUAGAGUUUUUUUGACUAGUAAGAAAUAUAAUUUAUAUAGUAAUCAACUGAGAUAUAUUUUUAAUUUAAUUGUCUUCACCUUAGAUGUGAAUCUGUCUCACGCUAAUACUUAUUAUUAAUUUGCUUGGAUCAAUUUAUCAAUAAAAUCUCAAAAGCAAACCAACAUUUAUAUUUUUUUUUUUAUACAUACUUUUUUUAAAUAUUUUAUGAGAUUGAGAAAAUCUUUCUCUUGAUCAAUCAAUUAUUUGAAUGAACUAAAAAUCACGAGUACAAAAGCAACUAAAAUUAGCUUUGGAAAAAAAAAAAAAAAAAAAAAAAAAAAAGGUAUUACAGUAACUACAAAAUACUACAAUAUGAAUUUUGAGCAUUUGUUAUUACAACAUUCUUUAACGGCGGAUGGGACAUCAAUCACAAGAUAAUCUUUCUUUCUUGAAUCCACUAGUCAAUGAAUUCCACUAGUCCACUAAUUAUGAGGUCACAGUAAUACCGAUAGCAGCUGGUUGAGACAUGGAUUUAUUUUAAAGUUAAUCCCAGAUGUUUAAUAUUCAGAUCGAUGUUUUUAACUCGACAUUUCAAUUCCAUUGGAUUUAUAAAUAAAUCAAUAGCAAGCGAGGACGCAAGAUUAAAUCGCGGGGUAGAAAGAACCAAUUGAAUAUUUUUUGAGUCAAAUAUGACGUGCAGAUGAACUUAAAGACGGGGUGUACAAGUACUCGAUCAAUGGCAAUGGAGGAGCGAUUGAGUUUCUAUGGACGUCCAUUUAAUAGUUGUCAUCAGUGGCGAAGACCUCAAACUAAAAUGGCGGUUACAGAUGAAUUUCAAGACGGAAUGUGCAAGUACUUGAUUUUGGUCAGCAAUCAGACGUCAGACAUCUUACGAAUUUGAGAACAGCAGAAUGUUCCGAUAAUUAUUCUCGCCCAUUCAAUGCCAGGUUGGGGUCUCAAAUUUUCGGGACCAAAGGGCGGAAUAAUUUUUCUCCAACAUCCAGCGAGAAAAUAAAAUACCAGCCGCUAAACUUCAAAGAAUUUUCAUUGCCGCAGCUCCAACCCUCCAACAUCACCAUAAAAAAAAAAUUCUUUUACUAUAAAUUGUAAAAUAAAAAAAAUGUAUUCUCAUAUAUGACAAAUAAAACCCAGGAUAAAUAUAAACAAA